ACACCCACCCCAAACUCGCCCAACAUGAGGCUGGAUGUCAAGCGCCAGUUGUUUGCCCGCUCCGAGCGAGUCAAGGGCAUCGACUUCCAUCCUACCGAGCCAUGGAUUCUGACGACCCUCUACAGCGGCCACGUCUAUAUCUGGUCAUACGAGACACAACAAAUCGUCAAGACCUUCGAGCUUACCGAUGUCCCCGUCCGCGCUGGUCGCUUCAUUGCGCGGAAGAACUGGAUCAUCUGUGGUUCCGAUGACUUCCAAAUUCGAGUCUACAACUACAACACGAGCGAAAAGAUCACAUCCUUCGAGGCGCAUCCCGACUACAUCAGAGCCAUUUGCGUCCAUCCUACACAACCCUUCGUCCUUACCGCCAGUGAUGACAUGACGAUCAAGCUUUGGGAUUGGGAGAAGGGAUGGAAGAACGUGCGGGUAUUCGAGGGCAACUCACACUACGUCAUGUCCCUCGCCAUCAACCCCAAAGAUACCAACACCUUUGCUUCGGCAUGUUUGGACAGGACAGUCAAGAUCUGGAGCUUGGGUUCAUCCACACCAAACUUCCAGCUUGAGGCGCACGAGACCAAGGGCGUCAACCACGUCGACUACUAUCCCCACAGCGACAAACCCUAUCUUCUCACAACUUCUGAUGACCGCACGGUGAAAGUGUGGGACUAUACCACCAAGAGUUUGAUCGCCACUCUUGAAGGCCACACCAACAACGUAUCCUUUGCCUGCUACCACCCAGAGCUCCCUAUCAUUAUCUCUGGUUCGGAAGAUGGCACGAUAAGGAUAUGGAACGCCAACACCUACAGGUUCGAGCAAUCGCUGAACUACGGCCUGGAGCGAGCAUGGUGUGUGUCAUAUCAGAAGGGCAAGCAGGGUAUUGCUGUUGGUUUCGAUGAUGGUUCGGUGGUCAUCAAGCUUGGUCGGGAAGAGCCCGCUGUGUCGAUGGAUGGCUCCGGCAAGAUCGUGUGGGCCAGGCACAAUGAGGUUGUAUCUGCCGUGAUCAAGGGUGCUGAUGCCGAUAUCAAGGACAACGAACCUAUCACACUCACCACCAAGGAGCUUGGAACCGCCGAGGUGUAUCCCCAAAGUCUCAUCCACUCUCCCAAUGGUCGGUUCGCUGCUAUUUGCGGCGACGGCGAAUACAUCGUUUACACUGCGCUCGCCUGGAGAAACAAGGCAUUCGGUCAAGCCCUCGACUUUGUGUGGGCUUCCAAGGAGUAUUCCAGCACAAACGAGUUCGCCAUUCGCGAGUCUCCCACCAGCGUCAAGAUCUUCAAGAACUUCGAGAACAAGGUCGGCGGUCUCGACGUCCCCUUCGCUGCCGACGGUCUUACCGGCGGUGUCCUCCUCGGUGUCAAGGGCCAAGGUGGCAUUUCCUUCUACGACUGGCGGACGGGUGGACUUGUCAGACGCAUUGAGGUGGAGCCAAAGCAGGUGUACUGGAGCGAGAGCGGCGAGCUGGUUGCUCUUGCCUGCGAGGAUAGCACCUACGUCCUCAGGUUCUCGAGAGAGAACUAUAACGAAGCGGUCCAGGCUGGUCUUGUCGAGGAUGAUGGUGUUGAGGCUGCGUUUGAUGUCGUUACCGACAUCAGCGAGAGUAUCCGUUCGGCGGAGUGGUUGGGAGAUGUCCUGAUCUACACCAACAGCACCAACCGUCUUAACUACUUGGUUGGCGACCAGACUUACACCAUCGCCCACUUCGACAAGCCCAUGUACAUCUUGGGUUACCUCCAGCGUGAUGGCCGCGUCUACAUCACCGAUAAGGACCUUAAUGUUACCUCUUUCGCCCUCUCGCUCCCCGUUUUGGAGUAUCAGACUCUUGUCCUUCGCGAGGAUAUGGAGACGGCUGCCGAGCUACUCCCAAGCAUCCCUGAGGAUCAGCUCAAUAAGAUUGCGCGCUUCCUUGAGGGACAGGGCCACAAGGAGCUCGCGCUUGAGGUGGCAACUGACCCCGAGCACAAGUUCGAUCUGGCGCUAUCGCUUGGCCAGCUCCACAUCGCCCUCGACAUUGCGCGAGAGACUGAUGCGGACCACAAGUGGAAGACGCUUGGUGAUGCCGGCCUCGCUGCUUGGGAUGUGCCUCUUGCCACCGAGUGCUUCGUCAAGGCAAAGGAUCUCGGUUCGCUGUUGCUUGUCUACAGCUCGACGUCAGACCGCGAAGGUCUUGCCAAGCUCGCUGAGCAAGCUACAGAGGCAGGCGCGCACAACGUCGCCUUCAGCGCCAAGUGGCUACUCGGUGACGUCGAGGGCUGCAUUGAGAUCCUCAAGAACACCAAUCGUCUCUCGGAGGCUGUGCUCUUCAGCCAAACAUACAAGCCUAGCCUUACGCCCGAACUGGUGGCGGCCUGGAAGGAGAGUCUGGAAAAACAAAAGAAGGGCCGGGUUGCCAAGGUGUUGGGCGUCCCCGGAGAGGACUCGGAGCUCUUCCCUGAGUGGGACGAGUAUCUGAAACUCGAGCAAGAGGGACCUGCUGCUGGCAAUCUGAUUGAUGUCGAUGCCGAGCAGGUUCAAGAGGAGUCACCGGCGGCAGAGGAGGCGGCAGAGGAGGUGGCUGAAGAGCAGAAAGAGGAGGAGAAGGAGGUUGAGGCAGAGGAGGAGUAGAGCGACGUUUCUGCGCCAUCCAAGGAAGCGGGUAACGGACACGAUUUUGCUUUGUGAAGAGGAUGGAAAGCGAUUACAGACAUUAAGAUGCUAUCAAGGCAGAGGAGACGCUCCUCUUGACUGCCAACGGCUUUUACUAGAUAUGACGGCAUUGGUAGUGACCGAGACAUGGUGGUUGUUGGCGGUUUCAAAAACGGGAUACAGUUGGCGCGAUUGCUGGUGCCGUUGUGGCCCGUCUAUAGUAGGCAAGAGCUUUAGUAUUUUGAUAAUGGAGGAACAGUGAACUAAUGACCUAGCACA